ACGAAUUGGAACAACUCCUCGACAACUCAACACUUAUCGGUUUCCGGGUUACGGAGAAGAGAGUACGGGGAAGAGAGGGCGAAGGAAGGACUUUGUCAAAUGACAAAAGGCCAUUGAAUUGAAUGGGGAGACCCGUUCUAUUCAUUAUAUUUCUAUGGUUGACAUCCUUCAUCCGGGACACGGAUAGUCCCCCUGCCAUGCAGACACGCGCUGACUCUCACCGUCUGUACGAUGACAUCACGGGGUAUAGGAAUGGCGGCUCUGGCUGAUGGAGGAAAGAGCCAAAAGACCCUGAAACUUUACUUCUAACAUAAUUMAGAAAGAUUCAAAAUUGAUUGAAACAACAUACGGCAACGGAUUAGAACCGUAAGAACUCGAAUUCCGUUUGAUUUACUGUUCAAUAGCGACGUCCAGUCUCGGAAGUUGACUACUGGCACUGCUGACUUCAGGCUAGCGUUGUUAGUUAAGCUACCUGCUAAUAUCCUAUAGCUAGCUUGUUUAGCUAACGUUGGUAGCAACGUCAGUCAUUAUUUACUCACAUUUUAUUGAUUGAUAAAUUAAUAAUUAUCCGAAAUAAAUCAUUGUUCUAAUUAGUCGGCACGUAAUAUUGCUACUAGGCUGGUUUCUGAGGACAUUCACGAAGGUGAAAUAAAAAAACAAAACCCUUCUUGCCAUAGCUAGCUAACUACAGUAGUAUUUAGCUAAGCUGAGAAACUAGCAAAGYUGACCAGCAACGUCGCUCCUCUCGCCUUGUUGAGUCCAGUUCUCACAAGGAUAACAAAAUUAGUCUGCUGAUCGCGUACUUUUGAUGCCAUAAUGGAAAGUUUAACGUUAACUGAUGUGGAGCAGAAGUAUUACUCUGAUUUGUUCGUUUAUUGCGAUACGGACAACACCAAGAAAGUGGCUUCCAACGGCAAAGUUCUUGAUCUUUUCCGGGCGGCCCAGCUACCCAGUGAGGUUGUCCUGCAGAUAACAGAGCUCUGUGGAGCCACUCGCCUGGGCCAUUUUGGAAGGAGCCAGUUUUACAUUGCACUGAAACUCAUCGCUGUAGCCCAGUCUGGACUGCCUCUCCGGGUAGAGAGCCUCAAUUCUGUCAAGGACUUGCCUCUGCCUCGCUUUGUUGUGGCCAAAAAUGAGCAGGAGGCCAGACACACAGCCAUGUACCCCGACUUGGAGAACCAGGGGCCUUACCAGGGUGUGAUUCCACGACCCCCGGGCCGAGGGCAGGUCAAGAAGGUGUCUGCCCACGAGGUCAUCCAGCCCUGUGUGCCCACAGUAGAACCACAGCCCGACACCACAUCCCCAGUGGUAUCUCCCCACCAGUCCCCUCCCACCUCGCCUCAUGCCUGGAGAAAGCACAAACGGCAGGCCAGCGGGGGGAACGUAGAGAGACCUCCUGUGGUGGUGGCAGGUGCUGUCUGGACACCUUUCAGAGAAGCACAAUCAGGACCUGUAGUGGCAGGUGAUGGGAUGUGGUCUGCRCACUCACCUCCCCCCGUUCAGGAAAGCUGGGAGAACUCUUCCAUACGAACGGUUGCGUCUGUUGCUACAGCCAAUGAAAUCCAAAGACAGUCCAGUAGCGGUUAUGACGACCCCUGGAAAAUCACGGACGAGCAGAGACAGUAUUACAUCAAUCAGUUCAAGACCAUCCAGCCUGACCUCAACGGUUUCAUUCCUGGUUCUGCCGCAAAAGAGUUUUUCACUAAAUCAAAGCUACCUAUUCUUGAACUGUCCCACAUUUGGGAGCUUUCGGAUUUUGAUAAAGACGGGGCGUUGACACUGGAUGAGUUCUGUGCUGCAUUUCAUCUGGUUGUUGCUAGGAAAAAUGGCUAUGACCUUCCCGAAAAGCUGCCAGAGAGUCUUAUGCCAAAGCUUAUUGACUUGGAUGACUCAGCAGAGGUUCCAGACCAGGCCCCUGACGUUGGCUACUCGGGCUCCCCCGUGGAGGUGACCCCAAACAAGUCCCCCAUGCCCUCACUCAACCAGACCUGGCCUGAUCUCAACCAGGGCAACGAGCAGUGGGAGACUUUUAGUGAACGCUCCUCCAGCUCACAAACUCUGACCCAAUUUGAUUCUAACAUUGCACCAGCUGACCCUGAUACAGCUAUUGUCCACCCUGUUCCCAUCCGCAUGACCCCAAGCAAGAUCCAUAUGCAAGAGAUGGAGCUGAAGAGAACCGGAAGUGAACACACACAUCCUACCAGUCCCCUGAUGGCUAAACCACCUGAGCUCUCUGAAGAAACCUCUAUGAAGUUUGUAACAGCUAACUCUGGUGAUGGUUAUAGCAGUUCAGAUUCAUAUACUUCAGAUCAAGACCCAAUUACAAGUGUUGUAACAAGACAAAGGUCUAAUUCUGGGACCUCUCCUGAAGGUCUAAAGGUGGCGGCUGCCCCCCCACCGCCCCCUCCCAGGCCCAACGCCUCCCACUCCCGCUCCUCCUCGCUAGACAUGAACAGAAACUUUGCCGCUCACCCCACAGGGCCACAGCAAUCUGGAGUUGUGGCCUGUCCUCCAGCCAUACCUCCUAGACCGCUACCCACACAGACCUCUGGUCCUCAUAGUGGGCAUCGCUCGGAUGAGGGCCUGGCAGCUCACUCCACUACCUCGCCCCAGCAGAUCCCAGAGCAGCCCAACUUCGCUGACUUCAGUCAGUUUCAGGCGUUCGCUGCCUCAGAUCAGCCUAGUGACGACGGGGAGAAGCACCCAGAGAGUCUGCCAGUAGAGAAGUCUACAGAAGGGGCUGGGCCUUUGAGAACUGUGAAGAUUGACAACCAGGAAGAGAGAGCUGCAGCUACUGUGAACUCUGCCAAAGGGUCCAUCAUGGCCCCCCCACCCAAACCUGUCCGCCGGAGACUGAAAUCCGAGGACGAGCUACAGGAUGAGGCCCUCCCCCCGAAGUCUAACGUCAUAGCCACUGUUCUAGCUACACUGCCAUCCAUUCCCAGGUCUGUUGGUAAGGAUAAAAAAGCAAUUCAAGCCUCUAUCAGAAGAAACAAGGAAACCAACACAGUUUUGGCCAGACUCAACAGUGAAUUACAGCAACAGCUAAAGGACUUACUAGAAGAGAGGAUAUCUUUGGAGGUUCAACUGGAACAGCUCAGACCAUUUUCCCAUUUGUAACCUGUGUGUGUGAGGAGGACAAGUCCAUGAGAGAAGAUAGGAGAGACCUGAAGGGGCCUUUUGUGUGAUGCACAUGUUAUCUCCACUGUCUAUUCCCUCUGCAUUCUGCUGUCUCUUCUGUGGGAACCAGAUGGACUGACCGACCGUCUGUCUGUCGGACGGUCUGUCGGACGGACAGACGGUCGGUCUGACUGACCGCCGGUCGGCCUGACGGUCGGUCGGUCCGCAACAACACACUCUGACUCACCCUCAUCAGACAGAGAACAGUCUUUUCAAAGGGGCUGGGAUAGGAAUGUUACAAAUAUUGGCACUUUUAUUUAUCAAAGAAAUAGCAAAGAUUAUUCUGGACAUCAAUCCCUUAUACUAUAUCACAGGCCCCGAGGCCAGACGGACAGGCACUGAACUGGAACUUGAGUCAUGGUGUACUGAAGGCCGAGUUCCCUCCCUCAUUCUUCCCCAUGAUGACAAGUGUCCAGUAGAGGAGCACUCUGGGGUCUGCCUGUGCUGUGUGUGGGCCUGGUCUCCUGGGACCUGUCGAGGACAGAUAAUCAUGCCAGUGAAGGCAUUGGGAGGAGUCUACAGGAGAUGACUCUCUAUCCUGGAGCGCUUUGGACUGAUCAUGUGACAGGAAUUAAUUAAUGUUCCAGUUUAUUACAGCAUCCCGCUACGUGGAGGGCUAUUCUGUCCGUGUGCGUCUCUGUAUACAUGUGUGUGUGUGCUGUAUGUAUGGUGUGUGUGUGUUUGGAUUUAUUUGGGCACGCAAUGGUUACAUAAACGGCAUGAUGAAAUGAGUGUGUAUGUAUAUUUUUUUCUUCCACUAGUCUUCUGCAAUUUAAUCUGUAACAAAAUGAGCUGUGUUACUAUGUGAAGUGAUUGACCCCCAGAUGACAGACCACCUUUUUGUUUUUGCUCCUGGCUCUGUAGUUGCUCAUGCUGACGCUGCCUGUGCCUCUCAAGGUACAUAAAUUGAAUCAGUCCUGCCCCAAACACAAGGUUCCCUGUGAGAUAUGAUAACCAACUACGGAAGUGAGACCAGRAUGAAACGACUGCACUUUUCCCCAUUUUAUUUUAUUUUUGUCCCCCCCGCAUGUUGUUCAUGCUCUUAUCUAGUAUGAAGACAGUGCUUAAAUACAAACCACUUGAUUUCUACCUGUAUGCGGUAUCUUACCUAGUCUGACAUUUGUGUUGGUACCUACACCUUGUAUAACUGUCUUUUUGUUUUUCUGGAGCUUCUGGAGCUUCUUGUGUUUUCUUAACCUGUCUUCAAAAGCCUUACUCCUGGCGUUCAGGUUUCCACUGUAAUCUAUUCUCCCUGUAUUGAACCAAGUUGAGCCUUCUUUUCCCUGCUGUUCAGGUUGAUGUACUGUAUAAGGGGUAUGUUGUAUAUUGUAUAUGAUACACACCUUUUGAUCUCAUAUGUACAUUUGCAUUAAUUGCUGACUAACAGCAAAUAUUCUAUUUAAUUGCUUAUAUUAUGGCUGUGUGAUCAUAGAUGUUUAACUGCAUGGAUGUAUCUCUGCAGAAUGAACUAGCAGCUGUGUGAUUUUUACACAAAAUAAAAACUGCACAAUAUUUUAA